AUGAUGCUAUUGCGUGAUUUUGUGAUCCAACUAACGACCCAAUCACCUCACCUCUCAGCGACCCUCACUGUAUCUGAUUUUGUCAACUUCGCAUCCCUUGCGGCACGAGUCCAACAUAUUGCGGCCAAUCACUUAGGCCUGACUGCCACUCGUAAUAGCUUGGUAAUGCCGUUCCUGGAGGCCGCCCUAUCGCCUGAAUACCCAGCCGAAUUGAUGCCAGACUUAUGGCGCCUAUCUUCACCCCACCUGUCGGAUUGCCAAAUGGACCCAGCUGAUGUGAUCCGCGAGUUUGGUCUGAAACACGAACUCACUGACAAAUUCAAAUUACCUGAAAGAUUUCUGCGGGCACUGAUCUCAAACUGCACUGUCUGUUGGCAAUCAUCAACAUUACACAUUCACUCCCGCGUGAAUGGUUAUCUGUACAACAUCGACGGUCCACACGCCAUCCAAACAGUUAUCCUUCAUUGUUCAAACGAAGCAUGUGGUACUUCGUAUAGACCAAGUUAUUACACACGAGAUAACAUGCAAAUUUAUUACUCAGAGACGAUGGGUCACAACCCUGAUUUCCUGCACAUCCACUGUCAUUAUUACAUGACUCGUCGACUGUCCUUGAUGUUCCGAGUAUUACAGAUGCUAGCACACGUUUCCCAUUUCAAUCUAGUCAACUGGUACAACGAGCUAUUUGUGGAUGAAAAGCGGGUGUCAACUUUUGUUCUCAACCAAAAGUUUAGCCCUUCCAUGUCUGAAGAAAUGUGUCGCGAUGGUUUAAUACUCCAUUCGUUGAUGAACCACGCAGACCGAAGGGGUACUCACCUUGCGGUCUCCUCCAGUGGAAACGACACAAUCCGCUUUGAUUCUGCAAUUGAACAUCAUUUAGAACUUUUGUUGGUUGAAGGAACGCGCUACCGAGACCAUUUUUGCUCCACUUGUGUCCAACUGACCUCGGAUGGGGUGGACCCAGAAACUGACGAGCCCGUUUAUCGAGGUAGGUCACUCUAA